GACCAAAAAACACUUUGUUCGUUUCUGCUCGAAAAAACACCACAAAACUCAAUCAACCCCUCCGCCGCCGCCGCCGCCGCCGGAGAGAGAGAAAAAGAAGAUCGAGGAAUCAAAUUCUGGGGGAAAGAAAAUCGGGGUCCGCCAUGGAAGAUGAAUAGGAUAUUCUCCCGGCCGGCCUCCCACCUCCGCCAUCUCCGCCGCUCGGCGACCUCCCGGCGCCGUCCCCAGGCGCACGACCCCGCGGCCGCCGCCGCCGCGGCGGACGAGCCCAACUCCCUGACGAUCCUAUGGCACUACCAGAUCUUGGACCCCAACAGCGACAUCGUGAACCUGUGGAACCACAUCUUCCUCAUCACCUGCUUGGUCUCCCUAUUCAUCGACCCUCUCUACUUCUACCUCCCCUACGUUGAAGACGGCGCCGCCUGCAUGAACAUCGACACCUCCGCCUCCAUUCUCAUCACCUACUUCCGCACCGUCACCGACUUCUUCUACUUCCUCCACAUGCUCAUGAAGUUCCGCAUGGCCUUCGUCGCCCCCAGCUCCCGCGUCUUCGGCCGCGGCGAGCUCGUCAUGGACCCCACCCAGAUCACCAUGCGCUACCUCAAGUCCGACUUCAUCGUCGACCUCACCGCCACCCUCCCCCUCCCCCAGAUCGUCAUCUGGUACGUGAUCCCCGCCACCAAGACGGACGGGGGCGGCCACUCGAACAACACCCUCGCCCUCAUCGUCCUCAUCCAGUACAUCCCGCGCCUCUUUGUCAUCUUCCCUUUGAACAACCGGAUCAUCAAGACCACCGGCUUCAUCGCCAAGACCGCGUGGGCCGGCGCCGCCUACAAUCUGCUGCUCUUCAUGCUCGCCAGCCACGUCAUCGGAGCUUCGUGGUACCUCUCCUCGAUUGGCCGGCAGCACUCUUGCUGGCAGCAGAGGUGUAACGAGGAGAUCUACGCGCCGCCGCAUUGCAACGUGAAGUUUCUAGACUGUUCCAAGAUUAAACUGAUGGGCAUUGAGCGGCAGAAUUGGUUGAAUCUCACUACCGUUCUUGCUCGCUGCGACGCCAAGAAUGGCGAUUCCGAUUUCAAGUUCGGCAUCUUUGCUGAGGCCUUCACUAGCGAAGUCGCCUCCUCUUCUUUCGUUGAGAAGUAUCUCUACUGCCUCUGGUGGGGCUUGAGAAAUUUGAGUUCGUAUGGGCAGACCUUGAGCACCAGCACGUUUAUUGGGGAGACGGUUUUCUGCAUAGCUUUGUGCAUUUUUGGGCUAAUUCUAUUUGCCCAGUUGAUUGGGAAUAUGCAGACUUACUUGCAAUCAAUGACGUUGAGGCUAGAAGAGUGGAGAAUCAAGAGGAGAGACACAGAGGAGUGGAUGCGGCACCGGCAGCUGCCGCCGGACUUGCAGGAGCGUGUCCGUCGUUUCGAGCAGUACAAAUGGCUGACGACAAGAGGAGUGAAUGAAGAAGAGAUUCUCAAGUCUCUCCCUCAAGACCUCCGCCGUGAGAUACAGAGGCACCUCUGCCUCAACCUAGUCCGUGGCGUGCCCUUCUUUGCACAAAUGGAUGAUCAAUUGCUAGAUGCAAUCUGCGAGAGGCUGACGUCAUCACUAAGCACGCAGGGGAGCUACAUCGUGAGGGAGGGCGACCCCGUGGACGAGAUGCUCUUCGUCAUCCGCGGCCAGAUGGAGAGCUCCACCACCAACGGGGGGCGGUCGGGCUUUUACAACUCCAUCACGUUGCGGCCGGGUGACUUCUGUGGGGAGGAGCUCCUCACGUGGGCGCUCCUCCCCAACUCGUCACUCAACUUGCCUUCCUCCACGCGGACUGUGAAGACCCUCACGGAGGUGGAGGCCUUCGCCCUCAGUGCGGAGGACCUCAAGUUUGUGGCUAUGCAGUUCAAGCGGCUGCACAGCAUGAAGCUGCAGCACGCCUUCCGGUACUACUCGCACCAGUGGAGGACGUGGGGGGCGUGCUUCCUGCAGACCGCGUGGAGGAGGUACAAGAAGAAGAAGCUGGCCAAGGAGCUCGCCCUGCACGAGAACUUGGCCGCCUCUCACCACCACCUCGGGGCCACCUUCUUGGCCUCCAAGUUCGCAGCCAACACGAGGCGAGGGAUUGCUCAGAGGCUGCGCAUGGCCGAGGCCACCUCGUCUACCAGCUUGAAGAUGACUAAGCUGUUGAAGCCGGAUGAUCCUGAUUUCACCGAGGAGGUUUAGUUUUGGUUGCAAAAGAUAUGUAUGUUUGUUGUACUAGAACUUUUUCACCUGUGUUCUCUUUCUUUGUAGCCUUAUGUACAGGGGUAUGUAUCACUCUUUCUUGCUUCAUUCAUUCACAUUGUAACACAAUUGUGUAUAUAUCUUUCUUGCUCUUAUAUAGAUUUGUAGCUUGGCUUCAA